UGUCAGCCGGCGCUGGGGGGGGGUCGGUGUGGGGUAGAAUGGCCGCUGCCGCCGUCACCCGCGGGACCCCUGGAGGGGGCGCCGCUCCCCGCAGGGCCCCACGGCGAACCAGCGCGUGCCAGGCUGUCCCGGGGACCCCCGCACCCGGCACCCGCACUGUCCCUCGCCCACUCCGUGCUCGCGGACUCUGCUCCCGGCUUCUACAGAAGAUCCUUACGUGCGGGCGGGACCCUCCCACCUCGGAGGUUCUGGGACCACCACCCCGCCGGGGGGCCGCCCAGAAUGCCAAGCGUCCGAUCCGGCGCUGCCCCAAGGCCUGCAGCCCAAGGACCCGCUCCCGCUCCGCACCCUGGCAGGCUGCCUAGCCAGGACUGCGCACCUGCGCCCUGGGGCGGAGUCCUUACCCCAACCGCAGCUUCACUGCACACAGCUGAGCCCGACGGGCCUCCUCCCCUCUCCAUCCUGGACACCUGGCGGAGCCCGUGCUGAGAGCCUCCUCCAGCUCCCAUCUGUUCCCCCAGGAGCGCAGUAGGGGGAGAAGGGGGAACUCAGGCUGGAACCAGAGCGAUAGAUGGGCACAGACUCCCCCUCCCCCCGGCCCCUCAGGCCGGGGGUGACCUUGCCCCUUGGAGCCCUCACCAUGAAUACCAAGGACACCACUGAGGUUGCUGAAAACAGCCACCACCUGAAGAUCUUUCUCCCCAAGAAGCUGCUGGAGUGUCUUCCUCGAUGCCCGCUGCUGCCUCCAGAGAGGCUACGGUGGAAUACAAAUGAGGAGAUUGCAUCCUACUUGAUCACCUUUGAGAAGCAUGAUGAGUGGCUAUCUUGUGCCCCAAAAACAAGGCCUCAGAAUGGCUCCAUCAUCCUCUACAAUCGGAAGAAAGUGAAAUAUCGGAAGGAUGGUUACCUCUGGAAGAAGAGGAAGGAUGGGAAGACCACGCGAGAGGACCACAUGAAGCUGAAGGUCCAGGGCAUGGAGUGUCUCUAUGGCUGCUACGUUCACUCUUCCAUCGUCCCCACAUUCCAUCGGCGCUGCUACUGGCUGCUCCAGAACCCCGACAUCGUCCUUGUGCACUACCUGAACGUCCCAGCCCUGGAGGACUGUGGAAAGGGCUGCAGCCCCAUCUUUUGUUCCAUCAGCAGCGACCGUCGAGAGUGGCUGAAGUGGUCCCGGGAAGAGUUGUUGGGACAGCUGAAGCCCAUGUUUCAUGGCAUCAAAUGGAGCUGUGGGAAUGGAGCAGAAGAGUUCUCUGUAGAACAGCUGGUGCAGCAGAUUUUGGACACCCACCCAACCAAGCCUGCACCCCGAACCCACGCCUGUCUCUGCAGUGGGGGGCUUGGUUCUGGGAGCCUUACCCACAAAUGCAGCAGCACGAAACACCGCAUUAUUUCUCCCAAAGUGGAGCCCCGAGCUUUAACCCUUACCUCUAUGCCCCACCCUCACCCCCCCGACCCUCCUCCACUAAUAGCCCCACUUCCCCCAGAGCUCCCCAAAGCACACACCUCCCCAUCUUCUUCCUCUUCUUCCUCCUCAUCAGGUUUUUCAGAGCCCCUAGAAAUCAGACCUAGCCCUCCCACUUCUCGAGGGGGUUCUUCAAGGGGAGGCACUGCUAUCCUCCUCUUGACAGGACUGGAGCAGCGGGCUGGGGGCUUGACACCCACCAGGCACUUGGCUCCCCAGGCUGAUCCUAGGCCUUCCAUGAGUUUGGCAGUGGUUGUAGGCACUGAGCCUUCUGCCCCACUGGCUCCUCCCAGUCCUGCCUUUGACCCUGAUCGUUUUCUCAACAGCCCCCAGAGGGGCCAGACAUAUGGAGGGGGGCAGGGAGUAAGCCCAGACUUCCCUGAGGCAGAGGCCGCUCUUACCCCUUGUUCUGCCCUAGAGCCUGCUGCUGCCCUGGAGCCCCAGGCAGCCGCUCAGGGUCCCCCUCCACAGUCGGGAGCAGGUGGGAGAAGAGGAAACUGCUUCUUCAUCCAAGAUGAUGACAGUGGGGAGGAGCUCAAGGGUCAGGGGGCUGCCCCACUCAUACCUUCACCCCCUCCCUCACCCCCACCCUCACCUGCCCCCUUGGAGCCAUCGAGCCGGGUAGGAAGAGGAGACGCCUUGUUUGGAGGACCUGUUGGGGCCAGCGAACUGGAGCCCUUCAGUCUUUCAUCAUUCCCAGACCUUAUGGGAGAACUCAUCAGUGACGAAGCUCCGAGCAUCCCUGCCCCAACCCCCCAGUUCUCUCCUGCUCUUAGCACCAUCACAGAUUUCUCCCCAGAGUGGUCCUACCCAGAGGGUGGGGUCAAGGUGCUCAUCACUGGUCCUUGGACCGAGGCCUCCGAGCAUUACUCCUGUGUCUUUGAUCACAUCGCAGUGCCAGCCUCACUUGUCCAGCCUGGUGUCUUACGCUGCUACUGUCCUGCCCAUGAGGUAGGGCUGGUGUCUUUGCAGGUGGCAGGGCAGGAGGGGCCUCUUUCUGCUUCUGUUCUCUUUGAGUAUCGAGCCCGCCGAUUCCUGUCUCUGCCUAGUACUCAACUUGACUGGCUGUCACUGGAUGACAACCAGUUCCGGAUGUCCAUACUAGAACGACUGGAGCAGAUGGAGAAGCGGAUGGCAGAGAUUGCAGCAGCUGGGCAGGUGCCUUGCCAGGGUCCUGAUGCUCCUCCCAUUCAGGAUGAAGGCCAGGGGCCUGGGUUCGAGGCACGGGUAGUGGUCUUGGUAGAAAGCAUGAUCCCACGCACCACCUGGAAGGGUCCUGAACGUCUGGCCCAUGGAAGCCCCUUCCGGGGCAUGAGCCUUCUGCACCUGGCUGCUGCCCAGGGCUAUGCCCGCCUCAUCGAGACCCUGAGCCAGUGGCGGAGUGUGGAGACUGGAAGCUUGGACUUAGAGCAAGAGGUUGACCCGCUCAACGUGGAUCAUUUCUCUUGCACCCCUCUGAUGUGGGCUUGUGCCCUGGGACACCUGGAAUCUGCUGUGCUCCUUUUCCGCUGGAACCGACAGGCACUGAGCAUUCCCGAUUCUCUGGGCCGUCUGCCAUUGUCUGUGGCUCAUUCCCGGGGUCAUGUGCGCCUUGCCCGCUGCCUUGAGGAACUACAGAGACAGGAAGCUUCAAUGGAGCCCCCGCCUGCCCUGUCGCCACCCUCCUCCAGCCCAGACACUGGUCUGAGCAGCGUCUCCUCACCCUCGGAGCUGUCGGAUGGCACUUUCUCCGUCACAUCUGCCUAUUCUAGUGCCCUAGAUGGCAGUCCCCCCCCUGCACCUCUGCCAGCCUCUGAGAUUACUAUGGAGGACAUGGCCCCAGGCCAGCUUUCCUCUGGUGACCCAGAGGCCCCCCUACUUCUCAUGGACUAUGAGGCUACCAAUUCCAAGGGGCAUCUCUUCUCCCCUCCUGCCCUCCCACCAGCCUCAGAUGAUGGGGCUACUCCAGAGGAUGCUGACAGCCCACAGGCUGUGGAUGUCAUCCCGGUGGACAUGAUCUCACUGGCCAAGCAGAUCAUCGAAGCCACACCAGAGCGGAUUAAACGAGAGGACUUCGUGGGGCUACCUGAGGCUGGAGCCUCAAUGCGGGAGCGGACAGGGGCUGUGGGGCUCAGUGAGACCAUGUCCUGGCUGGCCAGCUACCUGGAGAAUGUGGACCAUUUCCCCAGCUCAACCCCUCCCAGCGAACUGCCCUUUGAGCGAGGUCGCCUGGCUGUCCCUCCAGCACCCUCCUGGGCAGAGUUUCUCUCUGCAUCUACCAGUGGCAAGAUGGAAAGUGAUUUUGCCUUGCUGACACUAUCAGAUCAUGAGCAGCGGGAACUGUAUGAGGCAGCCCGAGUCAUCCAGACGGCCUUCCGGAAGUACAAGGGCCGGCGGCUGAAGGAGCAGCAGGAGGUGGCAGCAGCUGUAAUCCAGCGCUGUUACCGGAAGUACAAGCAGCUGACCUGGAUUGCACUUAAGUUUGCACUCUAUAAGAAGAUGACCCAGGCGGCCAUCCUGAUCCAGAGCAAGUUCCGAAGCUACUAUGAACAGAAGCGGUUUCAGCAGAGCCGCCGAGCGGCUGUGCUCAUCCAGCAGCACUACCGCUCCUACCGCCGCAGGCCUGGGCCUCCCCACCGGCCCUCGGCCACCCUGCCUGCCCGCAACAAAGGCUCCUUUCUCACCAAGAAGCAGGACCAGGCAGCCCGGAAGAUCAUGAGAUUCCUGCGGCGCUGCCGACACAGGAUGAGGGAACUGAAGCAGAACCAGGAGCUGGAAGGGCUUCCCCAGCCAGGACUGGCCACCUGACCUGGCCACUGCUUUUCUCACCACCCUGGGGGCGCCUCGUGCAAUCUUAACAGGGAGAGGGCUUUCUGGGGCAGGGGGCUCCCCUGUUGGCAGCUUUCCCGUUCACCUUUGCUGGAGCCCUUCAUAGGCCUCCUCCCUCUUCCCCAUGCCUUGCUCCCAAACCCAUCUCCUCUUCCCUCUUGGUGUGCCCCGUCUCUUUUGGUCCUGGCUCCAGAAGACCCGCGCCCCACAUACCUGCAUCUUCCGCUGUGACGUCCGGAGCCCUGCCUGCCCCUGGUCCCCAGCUCCUCCUGCCUGCACCCGACUCCGCCCCCCUCCUGACUUGCCUUAUUUAUUUGUUCGACGCGUCUCUGAAUGUAUCCGCCUCGGUCCCCACCUCAGCCUUCGCUGCGCACGCCCCUCGUAUUUCAGGGCUUACCGUGCCCACCACCUGACUCCGCAUGUUUGCGUCUGUUUCCUCCCUCUCUGGCCCUGUGUUACCCCAUCACCCGACUCUGGCCACCGACCUCAGGGCCGAAGGGGAGGGGGUGUGCAUAGGAACGCCUUGCGGAGUCCGCCCCGUCCCCCGAGGGGAGGGGGCUUGUACAUACUGUAAGAUACAGAGUAUAGUGAAUAAUCUAUUUAAGGCGCCGCAGGGAGGGCUGCACGGCCGGGCUUGUGGUUCUCUGGCGCGGCGGGGCCACCUGCCAGCUCCGCGGGCACUUUCUACUUGUGCAUGGGCUUGGUUUAUACGAAUUGCCAUUAAACAUCGCUGCACCAGCAAGCCUCCGGCCUCUGUCUGCGCGGGAGGGGUGGGGCAGGGCGGGGCCUCGGCCGGCUGGAAGCAGCCACGCGCCCCGGACCUCGCAUCUGCGCCCAGGCAGGGAGGGUGCGGAGUUUUCCGCCUCCGACGUGUUUCCGGCCUUAAAGGCAUUCCGCCCUUCCCUUUAAGACGCACCGCCCCCCUCUCAGUCACUCCCAAGAUGGCGGACCUACUGGGCUCCAUCCUGAGCUCCAUGGAGAAGCCACCCAGCCUCGGUGACCAGGAGACUCGGCGCAAGGCCCGAGAACAGGCUGCCCGCCUGAAGAAACUACAAGAGCAAGAGAAACAACAGAAAGUGGAGUUCCGUAAAAGGAUGGAGAAGGAGGUGUCAGAUUUCAUUCAAGACAGUGGGCAGGUCAAGAAAAAGUUUCAGCCAAUGAACAAGAUAGAGAGGAGCAUACUACAUGAUGUGGUGGAAGUGGCUGGCCUGACAUCCUUCUCCUUUGGGGAAGAUGAUGACUGUCGCUAUGUCAUGAUCUUCAAAAAGGAGUUUGCACCCUCAGAUGAAGAGCUAGAUUCCUACCGUCGUGGGGAGGAAUGGGACCCCCAGAAGGCCGAGGAGAAGCGGAAGCUGAAGGAGCUGGCCCAGAGGCAGGAGGAGGAGGCAGCCCAGCAGGGACCUGUGGUGGUGAGCCCUGCCAGCGACUACAAGGACAAGUACAGCCACCUCAUCGGCAAGGGAGCAGCCAAAGACGCAGCCCACAUGCUACAGGCCAAUAAGACCUACGGCUGUGUGCCCGUGGCCAACAAGAGGGACACCCGCUCUAUUGAAGAGGCCAUGAAUGAGAUCAGAGCAAAGAAGCGUCUGCGGCAGAGUGGGGAAGAGUUGCCACCAACAUCCUAGGCACCCCGCCCAGCUCCCUUUGACCCCUGGGGCAGGGCAGGGGACAGGGAGGGACAAGGCUGCUGCUAUUAGAACCCAUCCUGUAGCCCCACCUCUGAACCGCCUCCUACCAGCUGUCCCUCAGGCUGGGGGAAAACAGGUGUUUUAUUUGUCACUGUUGGAGCUUGGAUGUGUGUGUGUGUGUGUGUGUGUGUGUGUGUGUGUGUGUGAGUGUGAAUGCACAAGUGGGUAUUUAAUCUGUAUUAUUCCCUGUUCUUGGAAUUUUCUUCCCCAUGGGGCUGGGGUUACUUUACAUUCAAUAAAUACUGUUUAAC